AAUUUCCUUACCCUAAAAUCCGAAAAAGAAUUAAAAACGGAAGAAGAUCUUGAUUUCUCAAGCAGGCGCAGAACUCGGAGAAAUCCAGCCUGAAUGAAAAUAAAUUCCUUUGAGGGAACUGAAGAGCGCACAAAAAUUGCUGGCUUUUCUUUGGAAAAAGACGAUACAGCCGCCUUCUUGAAGUUUGCCAGCUUUGAGCGCCCAUCAGCGCCUAUGAAGAUGUGCACAGUUUAAGUACCGAUUUCUUCACAAAAAUAAGUUUCCACAUCGUAAAUGCACUUUAUGUUGCAUAUGGACAGUCUCAGACUAAUUCCCUCUAUACAUUAAAAAGGAAGCCUGCAUCUCAGCAACCCAAUUACUCCAGUAACCACUCUCAUUGAAAGAAUUUGUCGGAAAAGUUGGAAGGUAAAGGAAGAAGAAGGGGGAAAAGAAGAGGAUGUCCAGCGAGCUGUCACUCAACAUCAACAUCAAGGAGCCUCGAUGGGACCAGGGAACCUUUGUGGGUCGAGCCAAACACUUCUUCACCGUGACUGACCCCAGGAACGUCCUCCUGUCCAGCGAGACCUUGGAGGAUGCGCGGAUCACAGUGGAGAAUUACAGGAAGGGCAUAGUGAAGCCCGGCCUGUCAGAGGACCAGCUCUGGAGGGCCAAGUACGUUUACGACUCCGCCUUCCACCCUGACACCGGUGAGAAGAUGCUUCUGAUAGGACGGAUGUCUGCGCAGGUGCCAAUGAACAUGACCAUCACUGGGUGCAUGCUCACCUUUUACAGGACGACCCCAGCUGUAGUGUUCUGGCAGUGGAUGAACCAGUCCUUCAACGCUGUGGUCAACUACACCAACCGCAGCGGGGAUGCUCCCAUAACUGCCAAUCAGCUGGCUGUGGCGUAUGUCAGUGCCACCACGGGAGCUGUGGUCACUGCCCUGGGGCUGAAGUCUCUCACCAAGCGCCUGCCCCCCAUCGUCGGCCGCUUCGUCCCAUUCGCCGCCGUGGCAGCAGCCAACUGUAUUAACAUCCCCUUCAUGAGACAGAGGGAGCUGAAAUUUGGAAUCCCCGUGACAGACAAGGAUGGCAAUCGUUUUGGAGAGUCCGCCCUCGCAGCCCGGCAAGCCAUAGUGCAAGUGGUAGUGUCUCGGAUUGGCAUGGCUGUGCCAGCUAUGGCUAUCCCUCCUGUCAUCAUGAACGCACUGGAAAAGAAAGCAUUCAUGAAGCGGUUCCCUGUACUGAAUGCACCUGUCCAGGUGGGACUGGUGGGGCUCUGCCUGGUGUUCGCCACUCCACUCUGCUGUGCCCUGUUCCCACAGAAGAGCUCAAUGAAGGUGAGCAGUCUGGAGCCGGAGUUGCAGGAGAAAAUCCGAAAGAGCAGCCCUGACACCACCGUGGUCUACUUCAACAAGGGCCUGUAGAGGG